GGAGGGGAAGGCUAUGAUUGCUUAAUAUGUGUGUGUGUGUGUGUUUGGUGUGUGAUCCGUUUAGGGGAGAAGUGCCGCACAGUUGCCUCCUCGUCUCUGCCGUGAUUUUGCCUGGCCGUCAAGAGGAUCCAGGAUGUUGAGUGCUGAGAAGGUGGUCAUCUGGGCCUUGCUAGUUUGCCUACCCGCCAGCAAGAUGGCUGGGGCUUCCUCUUGCCAGGGUCCAACCCUGAUCCCAGGCAUCCCCGGCAUGCCGGGAGCUCCAGGCCCCAACGGUCGAGACGGAGGAGACGGGACCAAAGGGGAACGAGGUCCUCCAGGGACAGUUGACGACUACAGAGAUGUGGGAGAACCAGGAGAACCGGGAGAACCGGGUUACCCGGGUAAAGUGGGUCCUCGAGGAAACGAGGGCUCCAAGGGCCCGCCUGGUGUGCCCGGUUCGCGUGGGCAGAAGGGCGAUUCUGGUGACUCCAAGACCUCCCUCAAAUCAGCCUUCUCAGCCAUACGAGGGAUUACCCUGUCGCCACGGCGGGGGCAGCCGGUCCGCUUUGACCAGAUCAUCACCAACGUCAAUAGGAACUACGAGACGCGCUACGGCCGCUUCAAAUGUGAGAUCCCGGGCCUCUACUACUUCACUUACCACGUCAGCUCCCGCGGAAACCUCUGCCUCCAGCUGAAGAAAGGCCGCGGCAACGAGCGAGGGGAGCGGGUGGUGGCCUUCUGUGACUUUGUCUACAACUCCUUCCAAGUCACCACGGGUGGUGUGGUCCUCCGCAUGGCGCAAGAGGAGUCGGUGUGGCUGGAGCCGACGGAGAAGAACUCUCUCGUCGGAGGCACCGAAGGGGCAGACAGCAUCUUCUCAGGGUUCCUGCUCUUCCCAGAUAGCUAAGGCUCAAAACAGAAUUGUAGCCAAAAUCCUUGAAGUUGUAGCCGAAAUCCUUGAAAAACUAUGGAGUCCCACAUGAACUGCCUGGCCUUCGCAUGGUCUCCAUCACUGUUAGGGUUUCAAUCAACAUCUUCUAUCUCUCUCUGUUUGUUUUACAAAAUAAAGCUCUGUAUUCUUUUGGAAAACCAAUAAAUACACAUUGGGAUGUCA